AUGCCCAGACUGCUGCCUCUAGACCCUGGACUGAUGAUCGACAGGCGGCCUCACACGGCCCCAGGCAGAUUAAAUCAGACAUGGAGCCACACAUACGGAGGUCAGCAGCGUAGUUUAGAGCAGGUGGAUUCUCUGAUCCUCAGCAGACUGGAUAAAAUGAGGGCAGCCUUCAUGGCAGUGGAUCCUGAAAGGACGGGUCUGGUGAGCAGAGACGAGUUCAGACGAGUCAUGGAGAGCCUGCUGCCAGUUUUUAAAAAGGAGCUUCAAACGUCGAUCAACGAGGUGUGUGAAAGCAGCGGUGAGACAGUUGACUACCUCCAGUUUCUGCAGCGUUACAGUCGAGCUCCAGCGGCCUGCGGAGCCUCCAGCAGCCGUUGCAGCGUUAGGUGUUUUUCGCUGAACUCCCCCAUGUCUCUGAGUGAGAUACAGGAGCAUCUAAAAGAAAAGAUCGGAGGCAACCUGAAGAACAUGAUCAGAGCGUUUCGCCUGUUUGACUACAACCGAGGAGGACGCAUCCAGCAGCAGGAGUUUCGCCGCAUCCUGGACAGCUACUGCAUCCGCCUGACAGACAAGGAGUUCCAGAGGUUGUGGAAUCACUACAGUCCUAAUAACAGCUCUACCAUCUCUUAUGAAGAGUUUCUGGAGAAGCUGGGUUUUGGUGACAGCCAUAACUUCAGGAUUUCUCCCGUCUGCACUAAGCUAGAAGUGUUCAGCAGAGGGAAAGCUCCUCUUGAUCGAGUCAAACAUCAGAAGCAGAAACCAGGAGAUCCAUCCAUCCUUCCACACAUGAAUCCUCAGCCUCUGUUCUUUGACAAGAUGUGCAUGAACUUCACCUCAGUGUGGCAGGCGCUGCAGGCCUUUGACUCUACAUGCUCUGGCCUCGUGACACCAGAAUUCCUCCGGGGCGUCCUCAGCAGAUUUAUAUUUCCCAUGAACCCUCACUCCUUCCAGAGGCUGACCAGCCGCUACGGAGUCAGUGAAACAGGGCUGGUGAGCUGGAGACACUUCAUGGGCCACUUCAGAAGCUCAGGGGCGGAAAAGGACGACACAACUGUUCAAGAGGACAGGUUUUCCAAGCAGCCUACACAUGAUGAAUUCAAGUUGUUUUUCCAGGAUAUUUACCCUCAACUCAAAGAGAUCUUCCAUCUGCUGGACCAGAAGGAAGCUGGUCGAGUCACUCGAGCUGACCUACGGCAUGCACUGGAGAGACCAGGAGAGACUCAAAUCCUGAAGCCCCACCGUCGACACUCACAGAUCACAGAACUGCUCAACGUCCUUGACCCUCAACACAGCGGUGUCAUUGAGCUCACCAACCUGGAGGGGCUGGACCCAGGCAUCACAUCUGCUCCAACCAUCGACACGUCAACACCAGAGAGCAACUAUGUCCAAAAGGAGACCAGAGACGCUGAUGUGGAGCAGAAAUCCUCAGACGAGAUCCAGACCACACAGAGUGAUGAUAAUGCAAGCUUGCCGCCGGCUUCACAGAGAAGAGAGGAGAGGCUGUGUGCACAGAUCACUGCUGCUCUGAAGCUGUUUGACCCUCAGUGCUCUGGAAACGUCACAGACGAAGAUCUGAGGACGGCGUUAAGCUGCUGCGGCAUCUCAGACUGCAACAAUCUGCUCUACAGGUUAUGCACAUCACCUCUGUCAACUCAGCAGUCAGAGAAGAAGCCUCAGCCGCUGCUGUCUACCCUGCAGGUCGCUCCAGACGUCUGCAGCAUCCUGGACGUCGUCUUUCAGAGGAUAAAAUCAAGAUCAGAGAAACAAGACAGCAAACUGAUGAGCAAAAUCAAAGAUGUGACACAGAUAUCUGACGGGACGCUGUCACAGAGAGACGUUAGUAAGAUUUUGGACGAGUGCUCGGUCAUCUUGGGCGACAAAGAUUUCAACAAGUUCACCGACCUGCUGAGCUUCAGGGAUGGACGGAUCCAGAGCUCGUCGUUCCAACAGAAACACGAGGGUGAGACAUCUGCAGACAUUCAGCAGAGCUCUGAGGGUCACAGCAAGAAGGAGGAAGAUGUCCAGGCCCUCCUUAUUACAGCCAAUCAGUGCCUCGCUGCCAUGAAGACCAGGAUCAAGAUGGUCCACAGGGAUUAUCUGUCAGCGUUUCGUCUGAUGGACAGGAGGCGUAAAGGCGUGGUAGACCGCCAUGAUUUCAAAGAGCUGUACGACAGUCUGGGGUUCUUCUGCAGGGAUGACGAGUACGAGCGUCUGCUGGAUCUGAUCGGCCUUCAUCCAGGAGGAAACCUCAACUACGCUGAGUUUGUGGACAUUGUGGAAAAUAACGGCAAACGCAAACAAAGGACCCAAGCAGAGAGAGUACAGCAACAGCUCCAUGAACUUCUAUCCUCUGAGGCUCAGUACAAGUGGAAAGACAUGUCCAAGAUUCUUUGUCAGACUGACUCAGACGGCUGCAGUUGGGUUCAUAAAAACAGCCUUAGGAGACUCCUCUUCACUUACUCUCUUCCUCUGACAUCUGAGGAGUUUGACCAGCUUUGGUUGAGGAUUGACACAGAGCAGAAAGGCCGUGUAGCUGUUGGUGACUUCCUGAAAAAACUUGGGAUUCAUCAUGAAGGAGGGCCCAAGAUUCAUCUGAAGAGGAACCAAACUACCCAAAACAACCAUAAGAGACCGACAACCUCUGAUGGUGUGUCACUGGAGAGGACAAAGCUCAAUGUUUCAAUGGAUGAUGACUGUGAGAGGAUCUCUUAUAAGGACUUCCUGUCUGCUCUUGAAAAUAAACCAGAGAAGAAGAGUGAGUGUUCUCCUUCCUCACCUGACGCUGGACGUCUCAUAGAUACAGCUCUGAAUCAGAGGCGUGAACUGGUAACUGCUUCAGCUCCUGAUCUGCACAAGACCAUGACCCCUGACCUUGCAGGGCACCAAGGUCAAAAGCAGAACAUUGUCUCUGGUCACCUACAUGACAUCACGAAAGAGCUUCUAGAGCUAAGCUCCUCCCACUCCUCACAGACUCACAGACGAUCAGGUGAAGCCAGGAAACGUCUCGAGUGUGCGUGGAGAAAUGUGCCUGUAAAGGAGCAGAAGAAGCUGCAGAAAAGAGAGCCUCUGAAGCAGUUUGGUGCUCAAGAUGCGACGCCUCACACAGAGAGAGGGAGUCCAAACAUCGUCCCACCGUCCUCCCCUGAGCCCACAGGAGCCGUGUCUGUAGGAGCUGCUCUGCAGAGAACCCGGUCAGCCCCUCGGUGCUCCUCCAGGCAUUCUGCCUCAGUAGGGAGACCAGGGACAGGAAGCCAGGCGGGCGGCGUGGAACGGAGGCUGCGUGGGGUGGUGCAGCACUGCUGGAAGGAGAUCCAGAGGAGCUGCAGAGAGGAGGAUCCUCAGAAAGAUGGAGUCAUCAGCACCGCCUGCUUCCUGAAGAUCCUCCAGUCUCUCAGCAUCAGUCUGACUCAGGAGCAGUUCGAGCAGUUGGCUAUGAAGUCUGAUAUCAUGACUAAUGGCUGUGUUUCAUAUCAAGACUUCCUGCGUCACUUCCUCCUCAACCUGAAACCGGCGGAAAAUCAGACCAAGUUCCAGCGGAGAAAGCUUCCUCUGCCUACACAGGCGGCCCAGGGUGUUCUGAGCAAAGCCGGCAUGGAUGUCAUAUUGAGAAUCUACGACGCCAUUCGUUCCUCUUGGACCCCAAUCAGACGCUGCUUCCUGACGUCUGACUGCGCCCGCACAGGAAGCGUCUCUGUGCAGGACUUCAGGAAGGUCCUUCGUCAUUUCAGCGUGAAUCUAUCAGAGGAGGAGUUCUUCCAUCUGAGCUCUUAUUUUGAUGGUGACACCACAGGAAAGAUCUGCUACAACAACUUCCUCUGGACGUUCCUGCACUGA